AUGCCGCCGAGACUCGAGCCAUUGGGUCUUCCGAGUCGCAUCAGACGGUCUCUGUGUCGCCUGUACAGCUCCAGCCGGUCCAUCAGAGAACACGAUGUGGUCAUCCUCCGCCAGCGAGGCACCAAGGAACCCAAGUUCCACCUAUCACCCCCUCUGCGGCCAGAUGCACCGGUGAAGCUUGCCUACGGUGCAAAGGUCAACGCGUCCGACAUCAUCGGUAAGAACUUCACCGACUCGGUCAGUGACAGCGGCGGCCGCAAUGUGCGAUUUCUCGAGGCAUCACUGGCUCAGUACAUUGCCAACUCCCCACGCGUGGCGACACCGGACGCCAACCUGAUUGUCUCUUUCCUCGACCUGAACCUGCCGGUCCCUGGCGAGGAUCCAGACUUCGACGCCGGUCCGCCGGUAGAAAUCUUCGAGGCCGGCACGGGCAUGGGCGCACUGACGCUCUAUCUCGCGAGGGCGAUCCACGGCGCAAACCCGCCCGUGCCGCCCCAGCUUCGCGACGCGCUGUGCACGGCGCCGUACGAGCGGAACAACCUGCCUCGGAAGGUCGUGAUCAACGACGAUGCGCCAGAGUACGGCACCUCGCCGCACGCACUCGACUUUGCUGAGCAGCCGGAGCUGGCGGCGCUGCACGACAAGCACGCCGCCGGCCGUCGGGCGAUCCUGCACACCCUGGACAUCAACCCCUCUUCGAGCCGCCUAGCGCAUAGCCUUGUCAGGCAUUUCCGGAGGGGCAUGUACCUCCUCGACGUUGACUUCCACGUGCGCACGAUCCGGUCGUAUCUCUCGUCGCGGCUGUCGCGGAACGGAGGGCAGCCCUUCCUCUCCCACGCGAUCCUGGACCUGCCGGCGUCGCAGGAGCACGCAGACGUCGCCGUCGAGGCCCUCCAGCCGGGUGGGAAGCUGGUCGUCUUCUUCCCAUCCAUCACGCAGAUCCUCGAGUUCGUCGUGUGGGCCCAGGACUCGGGCCAGCCCCUGCUGCUCGACCGCGUGGUGGAGCUGCAGACGUCGACGUCUGGCGGUGAUGGGAUGUUCCGGGACGGCACUGGGGGUCGGAACUGGGAGGUCAAGGUUGUGAACAUCCGCAAGGCGGUCGAAGAGGGCGAGUCGGGCGCAGCGGCGAGGGCCCAUGUUUGCAGGCCAAAGGUUGGGACCUUGGUAGUCGGGGGCGGGUUCGUCGCGGUGUUUAGCAGGAUACCACGGCAAGUGGCUUCCGCUAUCGAGGAAAGCGAUGGGGUUGCGGCGAUGGAUUCUGCGUCUGAGACUGAGGCGGCUUCCGAUGGGGAUGCUUCGGCACGUCCACAGUAG